AUGGCAUCCAUACCGAUUAUUGUGAAGCAUGCCGGCAAACGCCACGAAGUCGAGCUCGACCCUACCUCCAACGGCGAGACGUUGAAAUACCAGCUGUUCUCCUUGACAGGUGUCGAACCAGACCGACAAAAGAUUCUGGUCAAGGGAGGUCAACUGAAAGAUGAGACCCUGUUGUCAUCUCUUAACGCCAAGCCAGGGCAGACCUUCAUGAUGAUGGGUACCCCAUCAGGCGGCCAGGGAUCUGUUGACCUGGGUCGGCCGAAGGAGGCAGUCAAGUUUCUUGAGGAUAUGACUGCCGCGGAGGUGGCGCAACAAGCGGGUGCUAUCCCUGCCGGAUUACAGAAUUUGGGAAACACUUGCUACCUGAACUCCACCCUUCAAACCCUGCGCAGCGUUCCUGAGCUGCAGGAGGAACUUCAGAAGUACCGUCCGAGCAACUCCUCUGGUCAGUCCGUUGCUUCUGAUCUCAGCAGCUUCGGCCUUGGCGCCCUGGAUGGAGGGCAUUCCUCCUCUUAUGUUUUUGAAUGCUCUUCGCACCGCAUUCCCCAGUUUGCUCAGCGCGACCGCAAUGGCCACGGCUAUGCGCAGCAGGACGCCGAGGAGGCAUGGUCUCAAAUCUUGAACCAACUGCGAAACAAAUUGACCAUCACGGAUGGAAAUGGAGAUGCCACCUCCCGGAUUUCAUUUAUUGACAAAUACAUGGCUGGCCAGUUCGAUUCUAUCACCGAGUGUGACGAGCCUGGGGCAAAGGAUGCCGGCGAGGAGCCGAGCAAGAGCUCCGACGUGUUCUUCAAGCUGGAUUGCCAUAUCGGGAAAGAGACCAAUCACCUUCAGGAUGGUAUCAUGGAAGGCCUGAGGGAGCAGAUUGAGAAGCAGUCUCCUACUCUGAACCGCAACGCCUUGUACACUAAGCAGUCCCGCAUUUCUCGGCUGCCCAAGUACCUGACCGUGCACUUCGUGCGUUUCUUCUGGAAGCGCGAAACUCAGAAGAAAGCCAAGAUCAUGCGCAAGGUCACUUUCCCGGCUGAGCUUGAUGUGGUGGAGUUCUGCACCGAGGAGCUUCGAAAGCAGCUCGUGCCCAUCCGAGACAAGGUUCGUGAAAUCCGCAAGGAUGAGGUUGACAUUGAACGUUCUCGCAAGCGCCAAAAGCUCAACGAUCAGCGCGAAGCGGAGGGCAAAAAGGAGGACAAAGAAGCCGGGACCGAAAUGGAACCUAUGCAGAAGAAGCAGAAGGCCGCCGAAGACAAGGGCAAGGCCAGUGACAAGGACGGUGACACGAACAUGGAGGAGAACUUCAAGACCGACGCUGAGUACGAGGCAGAGAAGAUGGAGUCUGUCCGUAUCGCCAAGCAGGAGCUGCAUGAUCUGCUUCGGCAGAAUGGCCCUGCCAACGGCACCAACCAGUCUGGAUUGUACGAGCUUCGUGGUGUCAUUACCCACCAGGGCGCAAGUGCCGACAGUGGCCAUUAUACGGCCUAUGUCAAGCAGCAGGAGCGGAAGUCCGAUGAUGCCCAGACUGGCAGUAAGCGCCGCGAGGAUACAGCAAAGUGGUGGUGGUUCAACGACGACAAGGUUACCGAGGUGGACGCCGAGAAGAUCGAGACUCUUUCCGGUGGUGGGGAGUCCCACUCCGCUCUGAUCUUGCUUUAUCGGGCUAUUGAGCUGCCUACAUUGGAAUAG